CAGAGCACCAGCUCACCGCCCCACCGAUUCAAAGGCGCUCGGAUCCUCUGACGUCGACGUUCCCUGCCAGCUCCCGGCUGCCGCCCUCGCUCCUUCCGCCAUCUGCGCUGCUCUGCGGCGCCAGAGCCGGCGCCCGCCCGCUGCCGCCCUCGACGGACCGGGACACGGGGCCCCACCGUUCUCUUUCCUGCGCUGCGCUGCGCGGCGGCUGUGCUGCUGAUCAGUUAAUGUGCCUGUGAGGCUGUGACAGGCGGCGUCGAGCGAGUCCGAGGCGGGCUAACUAAACCCGCCGUCUCUCGAGGCGGCGCCCGCGGAGGGCCAGGUGGAGGGCCGAGGAAGGUGGAGGCGGUGAGGCGAUGGGGGGCGCCAAGGCGGAGGACAAGCCCGCCGCCGCCACCGCUGAAGACGAUUGGUGUUACCAGUUUGGAAACAAGAAUGCGUUUGACUCGAAGGCCCCGAAAAAAUCACCACUUGCAUUGAGAGUGGUUGUCUUUGCCAUGACUGUGUUAUGUGGGAUAUCUAUUUGGUCAAUGUGUAUGAAGCAGCUAGGGAGUGAUGGCUGGUCAAGAAUAGUGAAGAUCGAAGUUGUGGAACAACCAUGUAAUAAGUCUACAGUUCCUCCUUCUGAGGUUCAAUUUGCGCAUUACCCUCAACCGACAACUUACAGCAGGGAGGAAUGCAAGUGCAAUGCUGUCCGGUUCUUUGCGAUUAUAUCAUCACAGCGAUCUGGAAGUGGCUGGUUUGAAACCCUUCUUAACAGCCACAUGAAUGUUAGCUCCAACGGUGAAAUUUUCUCUAGAAAAGAAAGGAGAAGUAACAUUUCCUCUAUAGUAAAUGCCAUGGAUAGAGUGUACAGCUUGGAUUGGAACAGUAGUGCUUCCAAGAAUGAGUGCACUGCUGCUAUUGGCUUCAAGUGGAUGCUUAAUCAGGGUCUCGUGGCGAAUCACGUGGCCGUAGUGGACUACUUCAAUCGAAGAGGAGUCUCUGCAAUAUUUCUCUUCAGAAGGAAUCUGCUCCGCCAGUUGGUAUCACAGCUAGCGAAUAACCACGACAGAUUCCUGAAGCAGUUAAACGGAACACACAAGGCGCAUGUCCACACAGAGCAUGAGGCCCAUAUACUCGCGAGAUACAAGCCCAGGCUGAACACGUCGUCGCUAAUACGGAAACUGAAACAGGCUGAUGAGUACACACGCGACGCCCUUGAGAACCUAAAUAACACCCGCCACAUCACUGUCUACUACGAGGACAUCGUCCGCAACAGAACAAGGCUUCUCGACGCCCUGGAUUUCCUCGGAGUGCCGAGGAGGGAGCUGGCGAGUCGGCACGUGAAGAUACACACGAAGCCCCUGUCGGAGCAGAUCGAGAACUGGGACGAAGUCUACAGCGCCCUCAACGGUACCCAGUACGAGGGCUUCCUGAAUGCCGCUGACUAUACGUAAUAUGACGUCACGGUCUCCACGUCUCUUGAUGUAGAUGUAGGUGUGUAGGUAUAGCGCCCCAGCUGUGAUUCCUUUGUUCUUGUUUUCGAGUAGCCGGCCGGCCUUCUGCGUGCCUGCCUGGCAGGAGUUUUGAUGCGGGGGAUGGAGGCGCUUUGCCAUGGUUGCGUUCGAGCUCCUGGCUAGCCCACCCACUAGCUUUCCUCAUGUCCAUGUAACGACCCUCGAGCUUCUCUCAUCUUUGGCCGUCCGCUUGUAAUGCUUGUCGUCAGUGAUCUCACCCAUGCCAUGCCAUGCCAUGCCAUGCCUUCGAGGGACAAAGCUGUGCACUUGAACUUGAGGCUUGUCUUUUCAUUGGGUGUUUGCGGUGGGCAAGCAAGACGCUGCAGUUAAGGAUUAUUGGAAGGUGGAAGGACUUGUUGGAGUUGCUCUU